AUGGAACCUGAAUAUGUAGAAACUGAAAAUAUGGAAACAGAAACUAUGGAAUCAGAAAAUAUGGAAACUGAAACUAUUUCUUCAGUUUCAACUCUGCAAGCCCUCUCUAAACUACUUUAUCCUGAAGAAGAGGAUGAUUUUGAGUCUGAACAGUCUAAUUGUUUAUCUGCAAUUGGAUCCAUGGGUCCUGGGGAUAUUGGACCACCAAAAACAGAAAUGCAUAAAGUUAUCCCUCAAACCAGUAAUGAAACUAGCGAGGACAUCUGGAAUCCAGAAGAAGUUCCAGAAGGAGCAGAGCAUGCUGACAUGUGGGAUGUUAGAGAAAUACCAGAGUAUGAUAUUAUAUACAAACAGCAGGUGGGAACUGAGGAUGUAUUCCUAGGACUUACGAAAAAAGACACGUCAACAGCGUGUUGUGAGGAUCUAGUGGUUAAAAUUAAACUGCCAAAUACAAACUCUUCUGAAAUUAAAAUUAGUGUCCAGGAAAUGAUCCUUGACCUUCGUACUCCUGAUAAGAAAUUGUUGCUGAACUUUCCCCAUCCUGUGGAUUGUAACAGUGCCAAAGCUUUCUAUAUCCUGGAAACUGAAACUCUUGAAGUCACUGUAACUUUGAAAAGAGAGUUGGAUUUUGUUAAUUUCUUCUGA